UGUUGACGAUGUCUUUGCCCACCACCACCGAUGUCGUGCUCGUCGACACCAUCCAGCUCACGGCAAACAUCGGCGCAGAUUGCUGGGGACGCUUGCGCGAACAGCCCGUCUCUAUUACCGUCCACCUGCAUCUCAAGCCCUCCUUCCUUGAGAUCUCCGGCCAGUCUGACAAUGUCGUAGACUCCAUCCACUAUGGUCAUCUCACGAAAGCUGUCUCAGCGCUCUCGGCAUCUUACGCUGAUGUUCGUGCACUCGUACAUGAGGUCACUCAGAAAGCGUUCGCUCUGGCUGGAGAGAAUGUGGACGCCGUGCGCGUCGUCAUCGGCCUUCCGAAACAGGUUUUACUUGCGAACGACUUUGAGAUUGAGGUGAUUACACCGAGGGACAAAGACAGUUUGCAGCAGACUGCAAAGGUGUCUGUCAAAGACCUUGUCAUGCCCGUGCUGAUUGGCGUCAAUCCCCCCGAACGCCUCGCAAAACAGAGGGUGAUCACGAACAUUACAUUCUAUGAGAAAGCUGGUAUGCACAAAGUGGACUACCCUGCAAUCAUCAAACAGAUAUCAGAGGAAAUCGAAAACACUGCGUACCUCACGCUCGAGAAAUUCGUCCUGCACAUUGUCCGCAGCUCAUGCCUCGCAUCUGAUGCCAUCGAAGCUGUAACAACACGAUCACAGAAGCCCAGUGCACUGUCUUUCGCUCACUCUUCUGGUGUCGAGAUGACCCGGUACCGCGAUGCGUUCCAAGGAUUGCAGUAAACCCGUGUAGGAAAUGUGUGUAACCGAUGUCAUGUAGCCCAUCACCCACAUACUCAUGCAUGUCUGAACAGCCAACAUGAAGGCGGGUAUUGAA